AUGCCGGCCGCGGAGGGCUGGCUCAGCCGGGCGGUGCCGCGCCUGGCCGGGCGGCUGCUCCGCACCUGGGCGCGCCUGGCCGGGGGGCGCGUGGGCCGCCGCGCCGCCCCCGAGGAUGACGAGGGCGGGUUCCGGGGGGGGUCGAGGCGGCGGCUCGGCGGGGCGGCCCCGGCGGCGGCGGCGGGGGGCGAUGCGGGGGGCGAUGCGGGAGCGGGCGGCGGGGAGCGGCCGCCGGGCGCGCAGGGGCUGCGGAACCACGGCAACACCUGCUUCAUGAACGCCGUGGUGCAGUGCCUGAGCAACACGGCGCCGCUGGCCGAGCGCCUGGCGCUGGGCCGGUACCGCGCCCGCGGCGAGGUCACGCACCGGCUGGCGGCCCUGGUCCGCGCGCUCUGGACCCGCGAGUACACCCCGCAGCUCUCCGCCGAGUUCAAGAACAUCGUCUCCAAGCACAGCUCGCAGUUCCGGGGCAAUGCUCAGCACGACGCGCUCGAGUUCCUGCUCUGGCUGCUGGACCGAAUGCACGAGGACCUGGGCGCCGCCUCCCCCGCCCAACAGAGCCACGGCCCCACGCAGCCUGGCAAGGAUGGAAGCAGCGGUGCCAGCAGGUCCUCCCCAGGCACCCAGCACGCCCGUGGGCAGAGCUUCGUGCAGAGCCACUUCCAGGCCCAGUACAGGUCCUCCCUGACGUGCCCUCACUGUCUGAAGCAGAGCAACACGUUCGACCCCUUCCUGUGCAUCUCCCUGCCCAUCCCGCUGCGCCAGACCAGGGCUCUGAACGUCACGCUGGUGCUGCAGUGCGAGCGCUGGCGCUUCGUGCGGGUGGGCCUGGCCGUGCCGCUGCUGGGCACCGUGGCCGACCUGCGGGAGAUGGUGGCGCGGGAGGGCCGCGUCCCGGCGGAGCAGGUGAUCCUGGCCGAGGUGUCCCCGCGGGGCCUCCUGCGCUCGCUGUCCGACCCCGAGGCGCUGCGGGCGGCCGGCGAGGCCGCGCCCGUCUACGCCUUCCAACCGCCGCCCGCCCGCCGCGCAGGGUGUCCCCGCAGCCUCCCCACAUCCCCCGCGGUGCCGCGGCCGGAGGGGCCACGCCUGCUGCCCAGCGCCGCCCGCUCCUCCGACUGCCUGCACCGCGCGCCCGGCGGCCGCAUCCUGCUGCUGCUCUGCAACACGGCGGGCACGGGGCCGCAGCUCGCCAGGUUUGGACCGCCGCUGGUGCUACGGGAGGAGCGCGGCGUCUCCUGGGAGCAGCUGCAGCAGAACAUCCUGGCCCAGCUGAGGGGGGUCCUGCGGGGGGAGGUCCGGCCACAGGGCACAGGAGCCCUUUUCCGGAUCCGCCUGGCCGGGGGCUCUGCCCCCUGCACCUACCUGUCCCCUCAGGAUCCCCGUCCUCUCUGCCAUCCUGCCAUCGACAGGGCCCUGCAGCUGUGCGGGGCUGGGGGCCCUCCCCACGUGAGGCUGACAGUGGAGUGGGACACAAGCACCAAAGAGCGGCUGUUUGGGAGCAUCCAGGAGGAGGUGGUGCAGGACGCGGAGAGUGUGCUGCGGCAGCAGCAGGCGCACGGGCAGCAGCACAGCUGCACCCUGGACGAGUGCUUUCAGCUCUACACCAAGGAGGAGCAGCUGGCCCCGGACGAUGCCUGGCGCCCGCACUGCAAGGUGCCCCAGCAGGGCACGGUGAAGCCAGCUUGGACGCUGCCCGACAUCCUCAUCAUCCCCCUGAAGCGCUUCCGUCGUGGCCGGCAGCGGCACCAGCUCACCAUCCUAGUGAGGGUUCCCGCUGGCGGGGGCUGGACAAUGGCUUCACACGUGGCACACAGGUAGGAAAUCGGGUGCAGCCCUUGGAUUCAGCGUCUUUUGUCUCUGGCCCCCUGGCAGCCCCCCCUGCGCCUGCCCCCGGGCUGCCCCCGCGACCACCUGUACGAUCUGUACGCGGUCUGCAACCACCACGGCAGCAUGCAGGGCGGCCACUACACUGCGUUCUGCUGCAACGCCCUGGACGGGCGCUGGUACAGCUACGACGACAGCCGGGUGGAGUGGGUGCGCGAGGCCGAGGUGAGCACCCGCAGCGCCUACAUCCUGUUCUACCAGCGCCGCCGCGCCGCCGGCUCCGGCACGGGCUCCGCCGCCGCCGCGGGGCACUGGGUGUUCCGUCUGGCCGCCUCCGAGCCCCGCGCCGACCCCGGCACCGACCCCGACCCCUCGGGCUCCGUCGCCGCCCCGGAGAACGGUGAGGCUCAAGAUGCUGGGGUCCCGGUCCCCGCCGCGGCCCCCGCCCGCCCUGACCGUGGUUUCCCCGCAGGCGGGUUCGAGGCGCGGCCGCCGGUGCGGGGUCUGCAGGGGCUGCACGGUCGCAGCCUCAGCGUCCGGACCGCCCCCACCGGACCCCCGGGACAGGGGGAGCCGGGCCCCCCCCGAGCCCCACGACGGCUCCGCCGGGCUGCCAGCGCCGAGGGGACCCCUCGCCGGCCGCCCCCGGGUCUCGGCAGCCCCGAGGCCUCGGGGCCGCAGGGGGACGCGGGUGUCCCCCCGGGCCGCUGCCCACCCGGCCCCUCGGCGCUGGGGCGGUCGCGGAGCUCGGCCAGCCUUCCCCCCCGGCCCGAGGCGGGGCUGCGCAGAUCGGCCUCGCUGGGCAGGGCCGCGGCGGGGCCGCCCCUGGCCCCCCGGGGUCGUCCCGGGACCUCCCUGCAGCGGGGCCGGCAGCCCGCCGGGCCCCUGCGCCCCACGGCCGUGCCCGAGUCCAGCUUCUGA